ACAAGAACCGCAGAGCCAGCUGUGUUGGACUGUUGGCUUAUUGUCAAUGAAGGGGAAGUUAUGGCAGAAACGAAGGUCAGCUCUUCUCAACCGUCUGUGAUGUGCAAAUUAGCCAUUCGGUUACAAGUUGUCCCAGUACCUCCGCUGGACUUUUAGCUGCUGCAGGGGAACUGCGGGAACACUCAAGCAGAUUGCUGCCUGUGCUCGUCCUGGUGUCCCACAAUGCUGAAUAAACAAACCUCAGCUUGUCAGAAAGAUCAACCUGUGCUUUAGCAGUGGUGCGUCAGCUGCCCUUCACUGAUUUGAUUCGGUCUGACCUGAUUGGGUUUGUCCAGGCUUUCUUCAUUUCUGAUCUAACAGAAAAGUUUUGUUCCGUAACCAUGGUGUCCAGACCUGGAGAUCUUCCAGCCCUGGAAGCAGGUCCAGGUGCUUCAGAGGGUCUCCUCGGAGGGAUGUCUAUCCCUGCCGGGAUGACUCGUCGAGCUCUCAGCUAUGAUGAUAACCUGGAGAGGCCCAUGUCUCCACCUCCAUCUGACAUUAAUAUCAGCAACCUAUGGAAGCGACCUGUUAUACCCGAGAGGAAGUUUGCGCGACUUGCUGAGGAAGAUGAAUCAGAAGGAGUAAAACAAAGUGCUUCUUUUGAAUCCACUAAACCAGUCCCUGUGGUAAAAGCUAAAGCAUCUUCUGUCAUGAACUCCCUCAUCAUUAAGCAGACCCAGGAGAGCAUGCAUAAGUUUGAGAAGCAGGCAGGACUGACUGAUACAGGCUACACUCCACACAAAGGCCUAAAUGCAGAGGAGACCCGCUACCACCGUCUGGCAGAGUCCAUGCAUAAGCUUCAAAUGCAAAGCACGGAUGCCAAAGAAGAGAAACAGCCAUCAUCUAAUCAGUCUACGCCUGCUGGGACUCCUCAAUCCUCACCCAAGCAGAAGCGCAGGGGUUGGUUCAGCAGUCAAGGCUCCACCGCUUCUCUCACUGGCUCUGAAAUGAGCACCAGCUCCAGUGGAGAUCUGGCUUCAGCUGAGGGACCUAUAGAGCGCUGGGGGGUUUUUGGACCUCGGCCUCAAGUCAGCAAGUCCACUACUGACCCAGGUACAGAUCCAGACACAUCAGGGGGCUUUGCCCUGCAGUCCUAUAAGGGCGCUCAGAAACCCACCCCAAUGGAAGUAAUGAAGGCCCAGGCCACCCGCUUGGCUGAAGAUCCAACAAAUUUCAAAGCUCCCCCCAAGAUGGAGAUCCCCACCAUGGAUGGAAAGAGACAGGUGACCCGUCCUCACAAACUCAAACACCGGGACAUGAACGUCCUCACACCAUCCGGAUUCUGAGAGAAUCCCUCUAUCCAUCCACCUCUGCUGUGGUCAUAGUGAACCUGGAGCUGGUCUACCCUCUCUCUCUCUCUCUCUCUAUUUCCCCAGUGCUUUCAUCAUCACUGCUUUCCACAUCAGACACUCAUCAUUUUACUGCUGUCUCAAGUAAAUGUUUGUCGUCAAAAGAUGUUGUGAGUUUGAGUACUUUUGUUGGUGCCAUUGUCUUUUUGGUAGCCUUUUUUCUUUGCAUUCUAAUUUAUCCGUUUUAAAAGGGAUGGUUCACCCAGAAAUUAAAGCUCUGUCACUUCUGUCAACAAAUAAAUGGUUUUAUAUUUGAUGAACGUACAAGGAAUUUUGGAUACUGUUGAAUAUUAGGAAGCAAAUACUGCUGACGUCAGUGGCUGCCAGUUUCAAAGUAUUGUUUGUUUGUUUGUUUGUGUAUGUGUACGUUCAAAAGAAAAAGGCUUUAAAUGAGUGUUAGACAGAACGUUUUUGGGUUGACCUAUCCUUUAAAGUGUUAUUUUGUUAGUAUGUAUGCAGGAUGUGUGUGCCUUGGUGUUGUUUUAUGCACUCUGGUGUAAUUAUUAAAGGGGAAGUUCACCCAAAAAUGAAUUUACCUUUCCAUUUACAUUUCAUUUACUUUUUUUAUUUUGUUUUUAUUAAAUGGUAGUUAUUAAAAUUUCAUAGCAAGACAAUAAAGAAAGGCAAUGACUAUUGGCUUGCAACAUUCUUCAGAAUAUUUUUUUGUGUUUAACAGAAACUCAAACAUGUAUAAAUUGUGAAUAAAUUAAUUACUUUUUUUUUUUUGUGCACUACCCCUUUAAUGCUGACUAUGAAGAAAAUUGUUUUAAUGUGUUGGAUUUUACAUUCCAUCACAAGAGGUUUUUCAUCUGCCUACAGCCACUGCAAUGUGUAUAUAGUCAGUGAUGAUGUUGUGAUCUGUGUGGCAUCAUUAAUACGCAAUGGGUUCAGUGAUAACUUAAUUCUUUAAGUCUUUGCUGUUGUGUAUUAUGACGUUUGAAGCAUCGUUGUGAUACGGUUGUGUCGAGGAUGGUGUGAAAAAUAACAAGGUCACUAAAUUGAAGGCUAAAAAGCGUUGGCUGAAAUGUUAUUUAAUGUAACUGCUCUGGACAGAGAAUUUCUUAUAUUUUUGUUACAAGUUUAAAGUCUUUUCAGUUUCCCAAAAGGUGACAUGUAUUUACCUUGAUCUGGUUGGAUCUGUUAAUACAUGAAUAAAUAAAUGUAAAUACA